GCUAUAGCAUAAAUAAUUUGGCGCGCCAGCGGGAAGUUUGAGCCUCAGGAUCGUCUUGGGCCGGGGUUUAACAAAUUUCUAACGAUCUUCAAAAUACAAUCUGCAGUUUCCGGAGAGGACAUCAUUCGUCACCAUGUCUGAUGAUGAGUAUGCAUACGAUGACUUGGACAGCUUGACUGCUCUCCUUGAUGAGGACCAAGACUCAAAUCCUUACAAUGAGGAUGCGUCAAUGUGUUCAGGAUCGUCCACAGUCAGAAAGUUUACUGUGACAAAACAAUCCUCAUCUCAAAGUAGAUUGGGUCAAAGUUCACUUCAGGGUCAGGGGUCAUCAGCACGGGAUCCGGAGCCAACGCAGGAUGUUGGGGCAUCUGAAGGCCAAAGCGAGGAUGAAGAAACAGAUAAAACAAAGACUAAGGAGGAAUUGAUAGAUGAAUUGAAGCGGAUGAAAGAAAAGAUGAAACUCUUGGAAUCGCAGCAGAGCUCUGGAGGCGUCAGCCAGACGAAGCAACCGAGGGAAACCUUCUCGGACGCCAUCUCAGUUCACGUCGAGGUCAAGAGAGUCACAAAGAAGAGGAAACCAUCGGCCGACCGCAAAUCUCCUGGAGAGAAGAGACCGUACAGCGCAGAGGAGAUAGGGUCCAUGGCAGAUUUUAUGGAAACGCCGACACUGACCAACCCUGAGGACUGGGGCGAUUCAGAUGAAGAGGAGAUGACACAGGAGGAACCAAAGAGCGCCCUCUUUGGCAAGAAUAGCAAGAGAGUAGCCCACACUCCCAAGAACGUCACCAGGAAGCCAGACAAAGUGAGUCCCUAUAAAUGCGAGCUGUGCAAGGAGCUUCUUGACACCAAGGAGGCGUUGGACGUGCACAUGUUCAAGCAUCGCAAGGAGUCGCCCCAGGAUUGCCGAGUCUGCGGGAUGUCCUUCAACAGCAAGCUGAAACUGGAGGCCCACGCUCGCAUCCACAGGAACACCGCCAAGCCCGGCGUGUCGUCGACGGUUCCAAGUGCCAAGAAGGCUUUCUCGGGGAAGCCGACCGGUUCGUUCCAAGACAGAAGGAAGGACGAUGUUGCUGGCAGGGGGCCAACCACGACAGCUGGGAAGAAAGAGAAGCCUGAGCACGUUGAGACCAACAAACACUCGCACAUCCGAAUUCUGAAUCCCCUUGUUUCUUCCUCCAAGCUAGAAUCCAUGAUGGAAGGGCGGAAGAUGCUACGUCUUUCUGUCCUCCAGAAGUAUCUUGACACUGGGCCCAUCAGCGGGGACUGGGUCACUAUGGGGGUCAUUGUGUCCAAACUGCCCCCUAAAACGAGCAGCAAGGGCAAGGCCUUCAGUAUAUGGAAGUUGUCGGACCUCAGCAUUUGCGAUCAGCCAGUCACCCUCUUCCUGUUUGGUAAAUCCCACGACGAUCACUGGAAGACAGUCCAGGGCUCGGUCGUCGGCCUACUCAAUGCCUCGGUCAUGCCUCCUAAGGAUAACGCACAGGAUGAUGGCGUGUCGUUGAGUAUCGACCACCCUGACAAACUGCUACUGCUGGGGACAUCCAAGGAUUUUGGUCACUGUCGCGGUCGAAGAAAGGACGGCAAGGCGUGCUCCAUGGUGGUCAAUAUGGCUGUGAGUGAGUUUUGCCAGUAUCACGUCCAGAGUGAAUACAAGAAGCACAGUGCUAAGAGAAGUGAUCUGCAAUCGUCAUAUGGUGGGGUGCAUCCAAAAGCCUUCAAGAAGAAACUAGGUACGAACAUCAUCUAUGGCGGCCAGACUUACAAUCCUGUUAGUGCCUCCGUCGUCGGGUCUGGUUCGACGUCCGGAGCCAAGAGCAAGAAGAAGGAGACCAAGGUGGCUCUGCAGAGCUUGGGAGUCAAGGGAGCCAAGGAGAUAGAACAAGAGGCACGGGAUAGCGUCCUGACGCUACACGGACGGCAAAACAACGAGGAUACGAUGAUCAAAGUGUCGGGAGCCAACCAACAGUUCAAGGAAAUGCUGAGUACGCCCUGCUUGGGAUCUCAGAAUCUCAUUCGCCACAUGGUCAAAGUUGAAGAAGUGAGCAAGCCAAUUAGCACCAUCUCUGCCAAAGCUCUCCUGAAGCAACAUCAGGUCGACAUGCGGGCAAGACAAGCGUCCAGAUUGGCUGGAAACAAAAGAUGGUCAUCCACCUCAUCGUCAACUUCCGCCAAAUCGUGUCUGGGAGAAAGUAACAAAGGAGCCAGCAUCAAUAACAGCAGCUCUAAACCCCGCCCAGAGCAGAGGGGAAUGCCCUCCCAAAGUGAUGUAGAAAACCGGACUCCUGUCCUCGGACGUGGCUUCGGCGAGGAUGACGACAUCAUCUUUGAGGAUGCUGAGAGUCCUCAGAAACCCACCGUUCCCUGGAGGAGCGUACCUCCAAAGAAGCGCAGUUCGGGAAGGAAUCCGAGUAAGGAUGAGGCCAAGAGACAGGCUAUCGCCCAUGUCCGAACCAAGGGGCAGAUCAUGAAGGCAGACCCCAACCAAGUCGGUGGGAAGAUCAAGGGCGUAGUGUCGCCACGGAAACGGGAUGCGGUCAAGAGGAGGGUGGAGGAGGAUCUCAAUAGAUCAUUAGAGGAGGACAAUGAUUCCGAGUCGGUCGGGCAACCAGCCAAGAAACAGAAGAGGUCGUUUUUGGGUCAAGACAUGGACAUGAGCCAGGAGGAAUUGAAGGCGAUUGUGAAUGCCAAAUCUAAACACUCGGGACUUCUGGCUGAGGUACAAGCUGAAAUGGAAGAGCAGUAUUUCCAGCAACUUGAGAAGAAGGAACGUCUGGAGAAUCAGAUGGAUUCAAUUAAGGAGAAGAAAUGCAGAGUGGUGUCUUGUAAGACGUGCGACUACACAUGGUUCGCCCCAUCCAAAUUCUGCGCUUCGGAAAACCAUCACUUGGCGAGACACGAGGCAACUUUGCGAUACUUCAAGUGCAAAGAUUGCAGCAGUAGGUCCAUCACAUUCAACCGAAUACCCAACAAAUCUUGCAGGGUUUGUGGCGGUACAAGCUACGAGAGAGCCUCCAUGCUUAAGGAGCGAAAAGGUCCCGUCCUCGACAGCGAGAGACUACUCAUCAGAGGAGAGGAACGAAAAUGGGUCAUGUGAUCACAAGAGGUACCCAGGACUCCCCUCUCCCACACCCCCUCCCCCCACCCCCUCCCCCACCCCCUCCCCCACU